AUGUCUCACCUUCAGAAGAGUCCGGAAUGUGAAGCUGACCAGGGCCAGACCUGUGAGGAGACCCAGAACCUACAGGUUGCAGCAGUCUCUUAUGAUACAGGGGAGCCAUGUUCUUCUUCUCAUUUUAUGGCUAGUAGUCUGAAGGAUCAGACCUGUGAGGAGACCCAGGGCCUGGAGAUUAAACAGGUCUCCAGGGAUGUGGAGGAGCCAGGUCCCUCCUCUUAUUCUCUGAUGGCUAGCAACCAGGAUGAUCUUGCAGAUCAGAUACCUAGUACUUCUGGGGGUCUCAGUGACCAAGAGAAUCAGGGUAAUCCAGUCAAUCCACCAUGUCAACCAGACACCACAAAUACCCCUGUGAUGAGUAUUGAUAGUAAGGUUGAUUUCUUGGUGAAUUACAUGCUGUACAAGUAUCAGAUGAAAGAGAUAAUGAGCAUGACUGAUAUAUUGAAGCUCAUUGUCAAAGAAGAUGAAGAUCGUUUUCCAGAAAUCCUCAUGAGAGCUACUGAACGCAUGGAGAUGGUCUUUGGCCUGGAUGUGAAAGAAAUAGAUCCUGUCAACCACUGCUAUGCUCUGUUUAUCAAACUAGGUCUCACCUAUGAUGGAAUGCGUAGUGAUCAGUAUAGCUUUCCUAAGACUGGUCUCCUUAUACUCAUUCUAGGGAUAGUCUUCAUGAAAGGCAACCGUUCCACUGAAGAGGAGAUUUGGGAAGUGUUGAAUCCAAUGGGAAUCUAUGCUGGGAUGAAUCAUUUUGUUUUUGGUGACCCUAGGCAGCUGAUAACUGAUGAGUUUGUGAGGGAGCAAUACCUGACAUACCAGCCAGUAGCCAAUAGUGAUCCUGUGCAGUAUGAGUAUGUGUGGGGGCCCCGGACUCGAGCUGAAACUAGUAAGAUGAAAGUGUUAGAGUAUGUGGCCAAGGUUCAUGGGACAGACCCUAUUGCUUUCCGUUCUCAGUAUGAAGAGGCCCUGAUAGAAGAAGAAGAGAGAGCCCUUACCAUGAUUUUAGACAGGGCUGGCUCAAGUUCUCUUUCUGGUGCAAGUUCUGGUGCCAUGGGUAGCAGCUUCCCUGAUAUCUAG